AUGUUUACUUCAGGCACAUCAGGUAGCAGUACAACAGGUAGUAGCACACCUUUUGGUAGCUCGUUGUUUGGAUCGUCCACUACAACUCCAUCUACUGGUGGAAGUUCAUUGUUUGGCGGCGGUCUGAUUACACCAUCUACACCUGCCACCGGUGGUAGUGGUACUAAUUUGUUUGGUGGUGCUGGUGGUGCCGGUACUGGUUUAUCUUUGACUACACCAUCUACACCUGCCACCGGUAGUUCUAAUCUAUUUGGUGGUUCCGGUCUAGGUUUGACUGCACCGUCAACAACUUCCACCGGUGGUGGUAACAAUUUGUUUGGUGGUUCAGGUCUAGGUUUGACUGCACCAUCGACAUCGACAACAACUGGAAGUUCGCUAUUCGGUGGUGCUUCUAGUGCACCGACUACUUCAUCGACAUUGUUCGGUGGUGGUUCAGGUUUAGCAACACCAUCGACAUCGACAACAACUGGAAGUACAUUAUUUGGUGGAUCAGGCUUAACAACACCAUCGACAUCCACUGCUACUGGAAGUACAUUGUUCGGUGGUGGUUCGAGUUUGACAACACCAUCGACAUCCACUACUACUGGAAGCACAUUGUUCGGUGGUGGUUCGAGUUUGACAACACCAUCAACAACUUCCGCAGCACCUAGUGGUGGUCUUGGCGGUGGUUUAUUUGGUAGUAGUUUAACAUCUAAUACACCAUCGACAACUGGCACUUCACUCUCUCUAGGUGGUACAACAACCACACCAUCUACAUCCAGUGGUAUUGGUGGUGGUUUAUUUGGUAGUAGUUUAACAUCUAAUACACCAUCGACAACUGGUACUUCACUCUCUCUCGGUGGUGCAACAACCACACCAUCUACAUCCAGUGGUAUUGGUGGUGGUUUAUUUGGUGGAUCUUCAACUACAACUGGUGGCUCUAGCUUAACAUUGGCUCCAUCGACCACCAGCACACCUGCCACCGGUAGUACAUUGUUUGGUGGUAGCGGUACUAGCUUAUUGAGCACACCUUCCACUACAUCUUCAACACCUAGCACAACUAGUUCAACAACACUCGGAUCGGGUGGAUUGUUUGGCACAACUACAGCAGCAACAACAACAACUCCAACAACAACAACAGCAACUCCAACUUUGACAACACCAUCGAUCACCAAUUUAACAGGUGGAACCUCUUCAUUGUCUUCUGGUGGUCUCUUUGGAAGUAGCACACCGGCAUUAUCAUCAGCAACAACAGGUGGACAGACUUCCACCUCAACUAUUACACCAACUUCAACUACAGGCUCAUCAUUGUUAUCGGGUGGCUUGUUUGGUGGAUCGUCUGCAGCAACUGGAUCUUCGUUGUCAAGUGGUUUACUUAGUGGAACAUCCUCAGCCACCUCCACCUCCUCGGCUACACCAUCACUGUCUCUCGGCACAACCUCAAGCCCAACAACUACUUCAGGUCUAUUUUCAGGAGCUGGCCAAACAUCUACCUCAACUAUAACUCCAACUGCAACUGGCACUUCGACAACACCGGCAUCAUCUAGCUUAACUGCCACCUCUUCUACAUCACCACUCACAACAUCAAUGUUGGCAUCCGCAAAGCCAGUAACAGAAGAUGUCAUCGAAAUUAAUGAAAGCAAGAUUCUAGAGCAACUAUUUGGAGAGUGGAGCACAGAGAUUGAGAAACAAACAAGAGAAUUCUAUCAUCAAGCUAAACAAAUCUAUCAAUGGGAUACUGCUAUCAUGGAAAACUCUCAAAAAUUAAAUAAACUCAUGGAAACAGUUCAACAUAUAAACUCACAACAACAAUCAUUAGAACAAGUUAUCAAUAUCAUAACCGAUCAACAAUCAUUACUAGAGAAAUCAUUAAAUGCACUUGACCAAAAAAUUAAAUCAAAUCCAAGAGAAAAUGAAUCUUCUUCUGAUAUUGAAAGAGAAAGAAUUUACUAUUCAACAAAGAAGAUAGAUGAAGAUAUUUUAAGUAUUGAAUCUAAGCUCCAAUCAAUUGUAUCAAAUAUCAAUCAAUCACAACCAAACGAACCAGUAGAUCAAAAACAACAAAUUGUAAAGAUAUUAAAUGAUCAUUUAAAUGCACUGCAGUGGUUAGACAAAGGAUCAAUGAUAUUACAAGAGUCUCUCAGUGAAAUUCAAAACUUGGAAGAUGAUCUCUCAAUAACAAGAGUCAGUUGUUGCCGUGUAACUGAUCUAAUGGAUAAGCAUAAAUAA